CGCGGCGGCCGGCGGCGGUGGGGGCUCGGCGGCGCAGGCGCGGUGCUGGCGGGGGGACUCCCGGGCCCGGGUGCUGCCGUGCCGCCGCCGGAGGAGCAGCAGCAGGACGAGGUUCAGCCGGGCAGUGCCGGCGGGCGGCGGGCGCGGUGCCGCGCGCGGGGAGCGACGCUCCCGGGGCAACGCGGGCGGGCAGCGGCAGCGCGGGGCCAGAAGACUGUGCCAAAGACUUUAACUCAGAUGACAUCACGUUUGGACUACUAAUGCUACCCACCCACUCUACAAGGCACAAUGUAUUUCUAGGUAACUUAAAAUUUGUUUUCUUCAGAAGAGGAUACGUCUAACUCCACACUGAUCUUCAGAUUUCGAAGCAGAUUUCAUCCCUAAACCUCAUACUUUAACAAGUCCCAAAGUGUAAAAGGCAAGCGUACAAAUGUCUACCACAAGACUAAAGUGUGAUAUGUUAUGUUUUUUACCAUAAGCACCCAUAAAAUGAGCUCCAUUGCAGACAGAAAUGAUGGAAGCAUUUUUGAUGGGCUGGUGGAAGAAGAUGACAAAGAUAAAGCAAAAAGGGUGUCCAGAAACAAGUCCGAAAAGAAGCGUCGAGAUCAGUUUAAUGUACUUAUCAAAGAGUUGGGUUCCAUGCUUCCAGGUAAUGCUCGGAAGAUGGAUAAAUCCACUGUGCUGCAGAAGAGCAUUGACUUUUUACGGAAGCACAAAGAAAUUACUGCACAAUCAGAUGCCAGUGAAAUUCGACAGGACUGGAAACCGACAUUCCUUAGUAAUGAAGAGUUCACACAGUUAAUGUUAGAGGCUCUUGAUGGUUUUUUUUUAGCAAUUAUGACAGAUGGAAAUAUAAUAUAUGUGUCUGAAAGUAUAACUCCCUUACUUGAACAUUUGCCAUCUGAUCUUGUGGAUCAGAGUGUAUUUAAUUUUAUCCCAGAGGGGGAACAUUCAGAAAUUUAUAAAAUAUUGUCUUCUCAUCUGCUGGAAAGUGAUUCCUUGACACCUGAAUACUUAAAAUCAAAAAAUCAGCUAGAAUUCUGUUGCCAUAUGCUACGAGGAACAAUAGAUCCAAAAGAGCAACCUACGUAUGAAUACGUAAAAUUUAUAGGAAAUUUCAAGUGUUUGAAUCACGUUCCCAACUCAGCGCACAAUGGUUUUGAAGGAACUAUUCAGAGAUCACACCGGCCUUCAUAUGAAGAGAAAAUUUGCUUUGUAGCCACAGUUAGAUUAGCUACACCUCAAUUUAUCAAGGAAAUGUGCACUGUUGAAGAACCCAACGAAGAGUUCACAUCUAGGCACAGCUUAGAAUGGAAGUUCCUAUUCUUGGAUCACAGGGCACCUCCGAUAAUAGGUUAUCUUCCAUUUGAAGUUUUGGGAACAUCAGGCUAUGAUUAUUAUCAUGUGGAUGAUCUGGAUAAUCUGGCAAAAUGUCACGAGCAUUUAAUGCAAUAUGGGAAAGGGAAGUCAUGUUACUACAGAUUCCUUACAAAGGGACAACAGUGGAUUUGGCUGCAAACUCAUUACUAUAUCACGUAUCACCAGUGGAAUUCCAGGCCAGAGUUUAUUGUCUGUACGCACACUGUUGUAAGUUAUGCAGAAGUUAGAGCAGAAAGACGACGAGAACUUGGUAUUGAGGAAUCUCUUCCAGAGAUAACAGCAGAUAAAAGUCAGGACUCUGGGUCUGACAAUCACAUAAACACAGUGAGUCUCAAAGAAGCACUGGAAAGGUUUGAUACCAGUCCCACACCUUCUGCUUCCUCUAGGAGUUCAAGAAAAUCUUCACAUACUGCAGUAUCGGAUCAUUCAUCAACACCAACUAAAAUGACGGUGGACACUAGCACUCCUCCAAGGCAAGGCUUACCAGGUCAUGAAAAGACUGCACAAAGAAGAUCAUCUCUGAGCAGUCAGUCUUUAAGCUCACAGUCUCUUGGACAACCAGUAACACAGCCAGCAAUAUCUCAACCUGCAACUCUACAGCUCCAGUCUGGAAUGACACAGCCUGUGUUUCAGUUUUCAGCUCAAUUAGGAGCUAUGCAACAUCUAAAGGACCAGCUGGAGCAAAGAACACGCAUGAUAGAGGCCAAUAUUCAUCGGCAGCAGGAAGAGUUGCGUAAGAUUCAAGAGCAGCUUCAAAUUGUUCAUGGUCAAGGACUCCAGAUGUUCUUGCAGCAGUCAGCUUCUGGACUCAACUUUGGUUCUGUGCAGCUUCCUUCUGGAAAUUCUUCAACUGUUCAGCAGCUUACGCCAAUAAACAUGCAAGGUCAAGUUGUUCAGACUAAUCAGACUCCAAGUGGGAUGAAUACAGGCCACAUAAGUACUCCACACAUGAUACAGCAGCAGCCUUUGCAGAGUACUGCAACACAGCAUAAUCAACAAAAUGUACUUAGUGGACAUAAUCAACAGUCUUCUCUUGCCAGUCAGUCACAGAACACAGUCUCGGCACCUUUGUACAACACUAUGGUGAUUUCUCAGCCAACAGCAGGAAAUGUGGUGCAGGUUCCCUCUAGUUUACCACAGAACAACAGCCAGAAUUCUGCUGCAGUAACCACUUUUACACAGGACAGACAAAUCAGAUUUUCUCAAGGUCAGCAGCUUGUAACAAAACUUGUCACGGCCCCAGUAGCGUGUGGAGCAGUAAUGGUACCAAGUACUAUGUUUAUGGGACAGGUGGUGACAGCUUAUCCCACUUUUGCUGCUCAACAGCAGCAGACACAGACUUUGUCAAUAACACAGCAACAACAGCAACAGCAGCAGCAACAGCAGCAGCAGCAAAGUCAGCAGGACCAUCAGCAGCAGCUCACCACAGUGCAACAACCAGCUCAGUCACAGCUGACCCAGCACCCCCAGCAGUUCCUACAGACAUCCAGGUUACUUCAUGGAAAUCAGUCGGCUCAGCUUAUUCUCUCUGCUGCUUUCCCACUACAACAAAGCACUUUCACUCAGUCCCACCACCAGCAGCAUCAGUCUCAGCAGCAGCAGCUGUCACGACACAGAACUGACAAGAUGACUGAUCCUUCCAAAGUUCAGCCACAGUAGUGUGGGUGCUGCCUCCUUUUGAAGCAAACUGCCAGCAGGGGCUGCCCCACAAACAGUUGCACUGAAGCUACAGAGGUAACAGUACGAAGGCUUUCUAGCCCCAUGGUGUUGAGAUCUGCUUCUAACUUCUGGAAUUUGUUAAGAAAAGCCACAAGAUGAUGAUGGGGACAUGGCCAACUUUGAGAGUUGCCCCAGUUUCUGUGUUUUAAAGGAUUUGCUGCCAUGUUGUAAUUUGUCCAGGUGAAAUCUCCAAAUGUGACUGAAAUGAGAGUGAUGCUGAAAAUAUUGGUAUUUUUAUCAAUCCUGUACAUUUUUAAAGUAUUAAAACGGACAUGGAGCAAUUGUUUUGAAUUAGCAGGAAAAAAUGCCAGAAAUAUAGUCCAAAAACCAUCUAAUUUUUUUUCAGAUGAUUACAGGACAGUAAAUAUUUUGAAAAUGUUGUGUGAAAUCCAGUUCUCUGUUGUACAGAUGCUGUAAAAUAUUGUGUAUAUGUCUGCAUAAAAGGAGAAAGAGCAAAAUAUUUUAUAUGAUGCAUGAAAAUGUAAUCUGUUAUUUGUAGGUUUGAAUAUGUUUCCCUAAAUUCUCACGCCAUACUCAGACUAAUGUUUUCCUCUGUUCUACCCUUUUGUUUACAACAUGAUGCAUCAUUAUUUUCACCCUUAAUGUGGGCACAAGUCUCUUGUUUGUGCUUUGUCCGUGAUGUCAGGGUUCGUUCGGUAAGGUAUAGUGUGUUGGUUAGUUGACUGCUUGAAGUUAAAUUAUUGAUGAAGCUGUUUGAACUGGUGAUCAUGCAUCAGGGUUCAGGACAUUCAGAUUCAUAAAUAUCACUCAUCAUUUCAUAAUUAAUUCAUCAUUUUAUUUGAAAAAUAGGAAUUUGCACUGCUUUCUUGCGGAUGGUUUGGAAUUUUAUUCCCCAAAGCUAUCUUUUGAUAUAGUUCAUAGUUGGAAAUAUUUAUGUAAAAGGUUUAAAAAAAAUGACAGUAAUUUUCAAGAAUGUUUCAGUUAUAGGAGUAAUUUGCACAAAAAUAUAUUUACAUUUAAUAACCUUUUGGGCACUUUUUAACCACUUUCUCUGUGGUGAGAAUUGUAACUUGUUAAACCAUGUUGGAAUCUUUUUAUUCUCCUUCAAAAAUUAGUCAGAACUAAUUCAGGGUCAUUUUAACAACAACAACAAAACCCAUAGUGCCUUGAUUUUAAUUCAGGUGAUAAUGUUGAACAUCUUGAAUUACAAUGUCUUGAAUCUGUAACCAUUUUCAAUUUUGAAGUCUUAGCACAUUGUCAACCAAACUUGUGUAUCUACUUCAUAGAUAUUUCUGUAUUGUGUUAAUUUUAACAAUGGUCUGAAUUGAGACCAUUAAUAUUUUUGACUGGUACUCCCCCUCAGACAGUAUCCAGAAAUACAGGAGUCUCAAAAAUCUCAGAUCUUUAAGGUAAUAUUCUUAAACAAAAAAAAAAAAAAAAAAAAAAACAAAAAAAAAAGCAAAAAAAAAAAAAAAAAAGAUUAAAAAAAAAAAGCAAACCUUAAAAGACAGGACUCCUUUUGCAGAAGGAAGAAUAAUAAGCUGAUCUUUUUUUUUUAAUCAUUUUUGGAAGCAUUUAAAGUGUGUUUUGGGGGAGAUCAUGAUUGCAUUUAACACUACCAGGUAUUGAUUUAAGAGCUAUCACUGAACUAAGACUUCAGAAGGCAACAUCACUUUAUAAAGAAAAUAAAAAGUUCCAACAGAUAUGUGCUAUUUAAGUAAAGGUUGGUAGGUUUUUAUGGUACUAGUUUGUGGAAACCAGAACUUCAGAGGAAAACUAAUAAAUGCUGGUAGAUCUGAUAAUUAAUUAAAAACAAAAAACAGCAAAAGCAGUUAAAACUAGUGCUAGGGAGAGAAAGCUGGAUUAAUCUUGAAUACUGAGGAGGAGUUGAAUGAAUGUAACCAAAUGGUGAUGGUCUAUUUUGUACUAUGGAACAGUUUGAUUGUAUUACUGGAUGAACCAAACCCGCAGGAGAUAAUACCGGUUUAGCCAAGCCUUGGAUGCUGUUGGUUACAUUUUGGGGCAAGCCUUUGCCUCUGCACGUGUCCCAGCAUUAGACCUUUGUUAUUCCCCUGUCAUAAAGCAAAUGUUUGGCACCAAAAAGCCAAGCAGUGAACAAGGAAGGAGAGUGUGAGAAACACAGUACCAAAGAGAAUGAGAUUGCUCUCUGCUCCAAGAAGCCUAUUGCAGCCUGGAGCAAGGAACAGAUGCCAAUACCAAACAUAGCAAGAAACACUUUCCCUUCUUUAAAGGGAUUUCUGGCAUUCUUCAGACUGGGAUAAUUGUCAGAGACCUGUUUCUGUAAAGUUCUAUGUAAAGCAAUCCUGCCUUGCUCUGCUAUCCUUACCACUCCAUUCCACCUGUUUCCAUAUGAAGCUGCAUUGACUAGAGGUCUGUGCUAUCACUUCUUUGCCUAAUGGAAAAUAGGUUAGACACAAAUUUCUUUAACCAAUUACAAUAAAAAUAUAGCACUAAUAAAGAAAACUGGGAGAGCUUUAAUAGUGCUGUUAGAACUACUGAAUACUGGUAAAAUAGGUGUAUUAAACUAUUAUACUGCCAAUUAUAGAAAUUAGAGGUACCAGCCAGACAGUUAAUAAUGCAGCUUUUUUAUAUGAAGCUUCAUUUCAACUUCCCAUUCUCCUCUCCCCAUAUACUCUGGUGUGCUGCUAUAGGUCUGUCAGUAAAAAGGCUAAACAAGGAGAGAGAAAUUAGAUGAUGGCAUAGUGUGGCUGCUGAAAGAAAAUAUAGAAGUGUAUGCUUUGAUCAAGAAGCUUUUUGUAGCCUUAGAGAGAGGUCAUUCAAUUACAGAACUACCAGCCAGUAGAGAAAGGAUAGAAGAUGGGGAAAUUCUAAGGAACUGGAAAAAAUACAGCACACAUUUGAAGAAUUCCUGUCCUGAAUCAGGGAGAGUUUACCAAGGCAAAUGUGUAGAACUUGGUCCAGAUUGUGUGCAAGUAUGGAGAUGCUUUGUUCACAAGGAGUGACUAAAAAGUGUGUAUUUAACAGGUCUGCAGCUUCCCCUGUUGCUGAAUCAAUUGCUGAACUGUCCUUGAGUUUUAGUGAGAAGAGGACCAGGCUGUUGCCUCUUUCUUAAUCAGCCUUUUACUUCUGCCUGACUCAUUUACUACAGGCUUACUUGCAACAUCCUGAUAAAUAGAAUGACAGUGAAUGCUGAGAUGCUGCAGCUUCUGGAGCAGAAAUGUUGCAGAAUGACUCUGACAGAAGGGAAGGAGUCUGUUAAGGGGAGGAUUGUAUUUGUGAAGAAAUGGGCUGGUGAUACAUAAUGGAGUGAAAAGGACAGCAUUUGCACGGAGUUUAGGAGACAGACAUGUCUGCAGUGGGUGAGGCUUUGAAGAAAAGUGUCUGGGAUAACUUCAGAGAGAAAAAAGAAUAUAGUUAUUUUUAUAUUAUAUUUAAUAUAUAUUAUAUUUGUAUAUAAAUAUGAAAGGAUUCUAGUAGGAGCUCUCCAUAUGCCUUCCACUUCAUCUAGAAGGUUUACCUUCUGCACUACGGUUCCAGUGUGUCACCACCUUCUGUGGGCAUCUUGCCUACUGCCAAACACCAAAAUUAGUAACCAAGCAUCCUUACAAGAAAUAGGUUUCAUUUCAGCUUUAUGUAAAAAUAAAUAAAGUAAAGAUUUAUCAGACAGUUUUUUCACAGGAAAAAGAAAUUAUCUUAAGACUUAAAUAGCACUUUCUCUUUUUGGUUUUUUUUUUGGUUUUUUUUUUUGAGUAAUAACAAGCACUUUACUGAAAAGACUAUUUGAAAAACAGUUUAUUUCUUUAGUCGGUGAAACUGUUAAAAAGGGGGCACAUCAAGGAAUAACACAUAAAACUGUCAAGAGAGACAUUUCUGGAAAAUGUUUCUUUAUUAUGGUGAUCCUUUGAGGUUUAAAGUGCAGGAUUAAAAAGGCUUCUAAAACCGGUUGCCUUUGUGUUUUAUAUGGCCAGGGGAAGAGAUUAGUGAUGAGGGCUUCCUUGGAAGGAGGCUUUUUAAGUUGCACAGUUGCCUAUGAGAGAGAAUCAUCUGGAGGCUCAUUUGCCUGCUCAAAAAUUCUAAGUGUCCCUUAGGAUUAUAAAUUUUGUGAAAAUAUUCUGAAGGUUUAAAGAUGUGGCCUUUUUCAAAUGUUAAAGUUGAUUCAAAAAUCAUUUAUAUUUUCAGAGAUUUAACCCAGGUAUUGUUAUGAGUGUUUUAAAUGUCAAGGCAUCAGGAGAUGUCAAACGUGUCAGAUUCAUAAGCUUCUCUAUUUGAAAUAACUAUUGAAAUUAGAUGUACAGUCAGAGGGCUGGAAAAUGGUUAUUUUGAUUAAAAGGGAAAAGAGACUAGUUUUAAUAAUUAACCUUUUAUUUUUUUACUUAUCCCUGGUGGAAAAAAAAUUGAAGAGAAUGAAAUGAAUUUGGAUUAAAAAAGACAUAUUUAAACAAAUCAGAGUAGAUGAGACAACUGUGAGAGAAUAUUUGAAAUCGUCUUGGUCGUCUAUGAGACUGGGUAGUUGCUUUUUCACUACCAUGAUUUUUAACACUACAUUCCUUGUCUUUUUCUUUUUUUGUCUAUUUUAAACAGGUGAUUUUAAACUCUGUGAUACUUCAUGCUAUGCCAUCUGCAUGAAUUUUGCCAGCAUGAUAUGCUAUAUUCAAAGAAAGUGUAUCUAAAAUAAAAAGGAAGGGGGGGGAACAAAACACUGUGUCUGAAAAAAAUACUUUAUGGCCUAAUAACAGAGACCCCAGCUAUGACUGAGAGAUGCUGCAUUAAUAGACAAUCAAUCAAUGGGUAAUUAUUUAUGAAACACUUUUGGGAAUGGUCUUAAAGAUGUAACUGCUUUGAAAGCAGUUGGUGAGUUGUCUUUUUCUAACAAGAAAGGUAAAAAAUAUUUAUUUUCAAAUAUAUCAGAUUGAAUUUUGAGUUUUUAAGCAGUGUUGAUUUCACAGUGUCUUGGGUUUCAGUUUUGUUUUGUAUUUUUUUAACUGGCAUUAGAUUUAUAUACGUAAAAGAAAACAAACAAAAACCCUAGUGCCGUUCAUAUUGACGUCAGGAAAUGUAGAUACAGUUCCCUGGUGUUCAUGUGACCAUUACUAACUGUCAAUUUUUUAACUGAAUAAAUGUAACUCGUUUAAAAUUUUGUUUUCUGUAGCUUCUAAGGUUCUAGAAGUUUUUUUCUGAGUUGCUUGAUGUCAGUUUUAUCCAAGUUUCACAGUGAAGCGCUCUUACCCUUCCCACGACUGUACCAAAGGCACUCUCUCUCCCCCACCCACAGAACUGACUUGUGAGAAGUUGCUUGAUGUCACUUUUCUCUUCUCUCCCCUACCCAGACAAAUGACUUGUGAGAUUUCAGUAAAAAUGCAUACUGUAUUUUUUCCUUGUCUUCUCUCUGUAUCUCUUUAUAAACUGAUGCCCCACUCUAAAGGCUAGAGACCUCUGAUUUGUGUAUUUACAUUACUGCCUUGGAAUUUACUCACACAGCAGAUUGAGUGUGCACAAUUUAAAACUGCUUUCGUACCUUCAUGUCUGCAGUCCCUGUUCUUGGCAAAGGAUGGAGCAGCACUGCAGCAGGUUUGGAUGGGCAGAGCCCUUCCUCGCUUUUUGUCAUGGAAAAACACCCCUCUCUUCAAACUGGUGCCACUCCCCUCCCUGGGUAUUUCUUCUGCUGGUGAAAUGUCAAAGAAUAGUAUUUUUGAAGGAGUAGAGAUGGUCUGAAAUACUGGCUGUGCCACUGAGCAAGGAAGCAGAGACUUGCAUUUAGCUGCAAGCACAACUUGUUGAGAGCUUGUAGCUCCUGCCUGGAAGAGCUGCGUGAUAAUAUGUAACCUGUCAGGGUGGUCUGACCCUCUUUUCACUGAUCAAAGUGUAAACAUUAAUAAUUCCAAAUGAAUUAAAUGUUCAGGGAAAGGAGGGUGGGAAGAAAAUUGUGUAAUUGAAACUGAAUGCCUGGAGAAAACGAUAAAUACACUUAGCCAUUUUUACAGUCUGAAGUACUUUUUUUUUUCUGUAAUAUCACACUGGAUGCCCAGAGGAGGAUACUGAUCUCUUGCCUUUGAGAAUUUAAUACUUGUCUAAGUUGUAUAUUACUUCUAUAUGCCAUGAGGCCCCUGUGGCCCAGGAGUGAAACAAUCAGCUGCAGAAGUGCUGUAGCUGUAAUUAAGAACUGUCACCACCCAUAAGACUGAAAGCAUGGAGUAAGCAAGACUGUCAGUUUUCUUACAAUUGAACUUUGGAAAUAGCAGUAUAUUUUUCCAUAAACUUAUCAUGAAGAAGAGUGGUAAUUACAACUGCUGCCACACCUGAAGCAAUUGUGUUAAAUGGCAUUUUGCUGCCAUGCAAGCUUGAAAGCAAAACUCAUGUUUAUAUGAGAAUGAAGCUGUUAAGUACUUGUAAAGAUUAGUUAUCCAAAGGUUAGAUGCACUUCUGACUCUCUGGCAUUAGUGAUAUAAAUUCCAGAUUUCAGCUUUUUGGGAGUAACAUACAAGAGCAAGAGGCUUACUGGCAUUCUUUGUGGCACGGUUAUCACUGUCAGACCGUGGCAAAUGCAUUCUCCCCUGGGAAGUAAUGGAAGUAAUGCCCAAGAAAAGCACAGCUAUCCUACGUGCCCAGGUUAGUGGGAAAAGCUACAGAAAUGGACCCUGCAUCUCCAUUAGCAGAAGCCUGCAGCUGUAACUUGCCAAGAGUGCUGACUUCAGGGGCCAUACAAGGCCAUCUCUAGAAAAAUGCCAUGUCAGUACAGCAAGUGCCAUUACAUCAUUAUUUCCAUGGCUCUGGAAAGAGAGGAUAACUCAGAUUAUAUUAGGAUGGAACAGUCUGAUCCUCUUGCUUCUAGAUCUGAUUUUGUUUUUUAAAUACACAGUAUCUGGGACAAACAUGGAAGUACACUGAGCUACCAAGCUCUUUCUAGAAACAAAGCUGUUCAUGUGAAUCUGGUGGCAGCAUUCCAGAGCCAGCCUGAGCUGGGUGGCUGAGGUGAGGGACAGCCUGCAUGGCAGCAGGGAACACAGCCCCUCUCUCACUUCCAGGUUUUCAGACUUGGUGUCUGACUCAUAGGUCUCACAACAGCAAGCCCAGGCACCAGCCCAGCACACACACACCUGCUGGCACUGCCCUAGGAAGAUCAGGCUUGCUGGUGACCUGGUCCUGUACUUCAACAGGUUUCCUUUGAAAAACUUUGUCCUGGCAGGAUGGAAGAUUAGUUUGCCUCAGCCUUGGCUUACUGUGCUUUGCCACAUACAGAGUAAUGACAGGCUCUACCCAAGGAUUGGGAAUAGGCAUCUUUGAAAAUAACAAUCACAAGCUGAUGUAAGAAUUUUCCAUCCCAGUAGAACUGACUGUCAUCUCCAUUUUACUUCUGUUGCCUGGAAGUGAGGAAUUGCUGGCAGUGUGCACUUGCAAACCUCUGCUUUGUGCAGUCAGAGCUGUAAAUUCCUGCUUUAGACUCUGCUUUCAGGGUUCUUUGGCAGCAGCUGAAAUCAGCUGCAUCUCACCCCAGCAGGGAGAGCUGCAGGAUGGAUGGUGACCUGUGGUGACAGCUGCCCAUUUCCCAUGUUGCAGACACAAUGGUUUGCAUGGCCUUCCCUUCAACACUUGGGCUCUCAUUCACUGCAUUUCACAUUCUCUAGCUACAAAAGAACAAGGAAGUGCACAGGAUUGUGGCAAUCAAGGCUUCAGCUGGUUACCUUAUAUACAAAUGUUCAUACACUCUAUAUUGCCUGUGUCUCAAGUAUCCAGGUAUUCUCAGACAGAACAGCAGCACAUCCCUCUCCACUGGCAAUGUGCUACAAUGACAACAAGUCUGAUAAAAAAUCCCAUCAACCAUGAACUCCAACAGGCACUCAACAACAAUCACUAACUAGUAGCAACUACUAAAGCACCUUUCAAAGCUUUUACUAAAAUUUCAUGAACUAUGUAAUUUCAUGCUAACUUCCAACAAGUCAAUGUUUGUGCUUAAAAAAAAAAUCAAAAAGCUGCUUCAACAGCACUAUUCAAACCAACCUGCCUAGCUGGUCUUUAGGAGCAGCCAAAUGCAUUGCUAUGACUGGGCAAAAGCAGCAUUUGGUAUCUCUGUAAGUUUGUAAUAGUAAAAUAUAGAUGUGGAAGCUGCAGAGAGUUGUUCUGCAUCUUAACACUCACCUCUACAAACAACUCUUGAAGAGCUUCCUUCUGUUGAUCCUGUGAUCCUAACUUUUUGUAUCAAAAAUAGCAUUAAGCAGCAGACAAACUUUGGGAAUCUUCUACAAUUACAGCAUGGCAAACUGGGUUGGCUUUCUGGAUUUUGAGAAAAAAAUUCUGUGCCUCCUCCCGAUUACAUUUCUACUCCUAAGAAGAAAAAUCAGGUGGCACCACAGUUACCCUGCCUGGGAUGGAUCUGUAUGAAUGUCAGCAGCACCACUUCUGAUUAACAGGAGCAGUUGUCCCAUGAACAGUUAGAAGUUUAGGCUCCUCCCUGCAGAUCCCUGUUCCUGCCCUGUUUUCACAUGACCUCUGCUACAAAUGCACUCCCUACAGGAGCUGAAACUCAUCAUGGACAGUGUGGGUCCUCAGACUGUGGGAAAGAAGAGGGUACAGGUUUUGGCUAUGAAGUUUGGUUCAAAAGAACACAAAAACAAACAAACAUAACAACCAUCAAAAACAAACUGAAAAUAACACAAAUGGAGACACUAUGUUUUAUUAAUACUCUUCCAGAUUACAUUUCUAUUCCUAAAAAGAAAAAUCAGGAAUACAUCUAAACCUAAGAAUUUCAUUACUGCUCAGUCCUGGGAAUAGAACAUGGUUAAGUUGGACCACUUCAUUACUUUCUGUAUACCUUAAUAUUAAAAAAAAAAAAAAAAAAAAAAA